AUGAAGAAAUUUAAUUUUCGCAAAGUUUUGGAUGGUUUAACUGCCUCAUCCCCUGGUGGAAGUAGUGGUGGUGGCAGUGGUGGUGGUGGAAGUGGGGCUGGUGGUGGCUCCGUGCACCCAGGAGGGACUGCAGGAGCUGCAGGGACACCCAGGGAGGAGAUCCAGGAGACGCUCACUUCAGAUUAUUUUCAAAUUUGUAAGACGGUUCGCCAUGGUUUUCCUUAUCUACCCACUGCCUUAGCUUUUGACCCAGUUCAGAAAAUUCUGGCAAUUGGAACAAGAACAGGAGCUAUAAGAAUAUUGGGCAGGCCUGGUGUUGAUUGCUACUGCCAACAUGAAAGCGGUGCCGCAGUUCUGCAGCUCCAGUUCUUAAUCAAUGAGGGUGCUUUGGUCAGUGCAAGUGCAGAUGAUGCACUUCAUUUGUGGAAUCUCCGACAGAAACGACCAGCUAUCCUACACUCUCUGAAAUUUAACAGAGAAAGGAUUACUUAUUGCCAUCUGCCUUUCCAGAGUAAAUGGCUUUAUGUUGGAACAGAGAGAGGAAAUACACACAUUGUAAAUAUUGAGUCCUUCAUUCUUUCUGGAUAUGUCAUCAUGUGGAACAAGGCAAUAGAACUAUCCACAAAGACUCACCCAGGGCCAGUUGUACAUUUAAGUGACAGCCCAAGAGAUGAGGGAAAACUAUUGAUAGGUUAUGAAAAUGGGACUGUAGUACUCUGGGACCUACGAUCUAAAAGAGCUGAUCUGAGGGCUUAUUAUGAUGAGGCUAUUCAUUCUGUUGCUUGGCAUCAUGAAGGCAAACAGUUCAUGUGCAGUCACUCUGAUGGCAGCUUGACCCUAUGGAAUCUGAAAAGUCCUAACAGACCAUUCCAGACCACAAUUCCACACGGGAAAGUUCAAAGAGAUGGAAAAAAACCUGAGUCUUGUAAACCAAUUCUUAAAGUAGAGUACAAGACCUGUAAAAACAGUGAACCAUUUGUCAUAUUUUCUGGUGGAUUGUCAUAUGAUAAGCCUUGUCGAAGACCAAGUUUAACAAUCAUGCAUGGGAAAGCAAUUACAGUUCUUGAAAUGGAUCACCCUAUAGUUGAUUUUUUAACUCUUUGUGAAACCCCAUAUCCAAAUGAAUUUCAAGAACCCUAUGCUGUAGUUGUGCUUUUGGAAAAAGAUCUCAUUGUUGUUGACCUGACUCAAAGCAAUUUUCCAAUCUUUGAAAAUCCAUAUCCUAUUGACAUUCAUGAGUCACCUGUUACCUGCACAGAAUAUUUUGCGGACUGUCCUCCAGAUUUGAUUCCUGUGCUCUAUUCUGUAGGAGCAAAACAUAAAAAGCAAGGAUACAGCAAUAAGGAGUGGCCUAUCAGUGGUGGAGCAUGGAACCUUGGAGCUCAGACAUAUCCUGAAAUCAUUAUUACAGGCCAUGCAGAUGGAUCAGUAAAGUUUUGGGAUGCUUCUGCCAUUACUCUGCAGAUGUUGUACAAAUUAAAAACGUCAAAGGUCUUUGAAAAACAGAAACAAGGAGAAGGAAAAGCAACAGCUGAGAUUGUGGAAGAAGAUCCUUUUGCUGUUCAGAUGAUGUACUGGUGUCCUGAAAGCCGAAUUUUCUGUGUGGCAGGGGUUUCUGCCUAUGUGGUUGUUUACAGGUUCAGCAAACAUGAAGUAAAUACUGAAAUUGCAUCUUUAGAGGUACGACUUCAGUAUGAAGUAGAAGAUAUCAUUACUCCUGAACCAGAAACAAAUCCUCCAUUUCCAGAUGCCUCCUCCCAGCUUCCUUCUUUAAAGAGCCUUUCAGGCAGUACCAACACUGUAGCAUGUGAAGGAACAAUGAAGGAUAGUAUCCCAUGUCUUAGUGUUAAGACUCGACCUGUGCGAAUGCCUCCUGGAUACCAAGCAGAUCUUGUUAUUCAGUUGGUGUGGGUGGAUGGUGAGCCUCCACAACAGAUUACCAGUCUUGCUGUAAACUCUGCUUAUGGACUAGUGGCAUUUGGCAACUGCAAUGGUUUGGCUGUUGUGGACUUUAUGCAGAGGACAGUACUGCUGAGCAUGGGAACCCUUGACCUAUAUGGAUCAAGUGAUCCAUACCAGCGUCAACCCCGUUCACCUCGCAAAAACAAGCAGUUUGCUGCAGACAACUUUUGCAUGCGUGGCCUGUCUAACUUUUAUCCAGAUUUAACGAAACGGAUCCGUACUUCCUAUCAGAGCCUGACUGAACUCAGUGACAGUCCAGUUUCCCUGGAGCUAGAGCGUUGCAAGUCUCCCACUUCAGAUCAUGUGAAUGGUCACUGUACAAGUCCAACAUCCCAGAGCUGCAGUUCAGGAAAACGACUUUCCAGCGCAGAUGUCUCAAAAGCAAACCGCCGAGGGCCUGGGAGGCCCCCCUUCAGAAAAGCACAGUCUGCAGCCUGCAUGGAGAUUUCUCUCCCAGUCACCACAGAAGAAAACAGGGAAAACUCCUUCAGCCGCUCCCGAAGCUCCAGCGUGUCCAGUAUCGACAGGGACUCAAAGGAGGCAAUUACUGCUUUGUACUUCAUGGAGUCCUUUGCCCGGAAAAACGACUCUGCUGUCUCUCCCUGCCUCUGGGUUGGAACAGGCCUUGGUAUGGUCUUAAUCCUCUCCCUUAAUCUGCCUGCUAGUGACGACUUGCGGCAGUCAGAGCCAGUCAUGGUGUCGCCAAGUGGCACAGUCCUGACACUGAAAGGAGCCGUGCUGACCUUUGCCUGCUUGGACUGCAUGGGGACGUUGACACAUCCACCGUAUGAAGUAUGGAGGGACCCACACAGUGCUGAUGAUGGUGAAAAGACAAGGAAAAGGAAACUUGUCAUGCAUUCCCCUUCCUCUUCCCAGGAUAUGGGUGAUCAUCAAUUUGCAGUCAUUUGUUCAGAAAAACAAGCCAAAGUCUUCUCAUUGCCUUCCCAAACAUGUCUUUAUGUCCACAACAUCACCGAAACGUCCUUUUUAUUGCGAGCAGAUGUGGUCACCCUCUGUAACAGCGUCUGUCUGGCGUGCUUUUGUGCCAAUGGGCACAUCAUGACACUGAGCUUGCCCAGCCUUCGCCCGCUGCUGGACAUCAACUAUUUGCCUGUGACAGACAUGAGGAUAGCACGGACCUUUUGUUUCACUAAUGAAGGACAAGCUUUGUACCUCAGCUCUCCCACAGAGAUCCAGCGCCUGACAUACAGCCAGGAGAUGUGUGACAAUCUGCAGGACAUGCUUGGGGAUUUGUUUACUCCUGUGGAAACACCAGAAGCCCAGAACAGAGGCUUUCUCAAAGGACUUUUUGGAGGAAGUGGACAAGCUUUUGACAGAGAAGAGCUCUUUGGCGAGGCCACAGCAGGAAAAGCCUCUCGCAGUCUUGCCCAGCACAUCCCUGGAUCGGGUGGAAUUGAAGGCGUGAGAGGGGCUGCUGGAGGUGUCAUUGGGGACUUGACUCGUGCGCGCAUCGCCCUUGAUGAGCGAGGACAGAAACUGGGAGAGCUGGAUGAAAGGACAGCGAGCAUGAUGGCCAGCGCAGAGGCGUUUUCCAAGCAUGCACACGAGGUGAUGCUGAAAUACAAGGACAAAAAAUGGUACCAGUUCUAG